AAUCGUUUUCCAGAGACUCAGUGACAUCACUGAGCAGGUUCAGUCGGCCAAUCAGCAGCGACCUGCUGAGCUCUGCUCCUGAUAAACCUGCCUCCAUCACCUCUGCUCCCACACUCACACCUGCCUCUCUACCUGGAACCGUCCACACACAGGUUUGAAGUCUUACCAUCCCCCACCCUCCACCUCAUCAUGUCGGACUCCAGCAGAACUGCAGAAGAAGCGAGGGUCGCCUUCCAGUCCUGCAAAAGUUCUGAUCCCAGAGAUCGAGUUCAGUUCUACGACAGCUGGGCACAAAACUACGAAAAGGAUCACAACCUGAUGAGCUACAGGUCUCCACAUCUGGCAGUAAACUUCCUGUCUGAGAACUUUAGUGGGAGUCGUGAGGAGGCUCAGGUUCUGGACGUGGCCUGUGGGACUGGAUGGGUCGCUAAACUGAUGGCUGAACUGGGCUUCAGACACUUUGUGGGAGUGGACGGCAGUAAAGGCAUGCUGGAACUAGCUGCUGAGACCGGCCUCUAUCAGGACCUCAGACUGGCCUUACUGGGAACACAACCACUGCCUGCACAGACUGGUGUGUUUGAUGUGGUGGUCAUUGCCGGUGCUCUGGAUGCUGGUUUUGUUCCGGUCAGUGUUGUCAGGGAGAUGUGCCACGCCGCCAAACCAGGAGGUUUUGUGUGCAUGGUGAGAGGCGACCACACCGGAGCACCAGCAGACAAGUACAAGAAGGAUCUGGAGAGAGAGCUGCAGCUGAUGGAGGAGGAGGGACUGUGGAGUCUGGUAGGAAUCAAACGGGUGGACAGAUACAUGGAGGACCCACAUGUGAAUCCUGAGAGAGACGAUGUGCAGGACAAGCCUUACAUCAGUGGGACUGUUUAUCUGUACCAGAAGUCCAUCGAUACAGCUGUUAAAUCACGUGAUUGAUCACACUGUUUUUAACUGGGCUCCUGGUCCAGUUGUUCUCAGCAGUAAACACGAAUAAAUCUGAUUUAAAAUAGGCUUAAUAAAGUAGUUGAUGCUAACAUCUUAGCAAACAGCUUCCUACUUCCACAUCCAGCACACAAAGCAAGUCUAAAGUACAAAAGUUACUAAUGACAAUAAGUUCAACACAUCCCUCUGAAAAUGACCGAAAAUGGAAAAACCCAUCAAAAGUAACUUCAAAGCUCAAAAAUAAUGAAAUGAUUAUAGUAUUAUUGCACAUUUUUAAUCAAACCUUUUUAACAGGAAUCUCUCACGCUUCAUGGAAAAGAGCUGCAGUAGUACCUUUACACAGCACAGGUGAUGUCAAAGGUAAAAUCCAAUAACAGGUAGGAAGUGAAAAACAGGCAGAACAGGUGAAACAGGUAAGAAGUCUGGAGAGCUAUAACGUGGAAUGAGUGGUAGUGAUAUGGAAACAUCUAAAUAAAUGAAUGAAUGAACUGUAA